UUAGUUCCGGGAGACGCGUUGGCAAUUUCCUAAACACAUUCCAGUUCCCUCAGUCAGUGUCAGAGGCCCAUACCGGGAGAAGGAGUGCGUCUCGUUGUGUGUUUUACCGGCUGAACGGAGUAUUGUUGAAACAGAGGACCAGACAACCGGUUGAUAUGAGCAGGUUGCCCUGACAUGGACACAGAGAUGAUUCCUAAAUUUUCAUCAAAGGAUGAGGAGGUUGACUAUUGGAAAACUCAAGCCCUGAAAUAUAAAAAAAGUUGCCAAGAUGCUCAAGAGGAGCUGCAGGAGUUCCAGGAGGGGAGCCGGGAACUGGAGGCCGAACUGGAGGCUCAGCUCAGUCAGGCUGAACACCGCCUUCGAGAUCUACAAGCUGAAAACGAGAGACUGAAGAACGAGGCGUCCAACCUGAAGGAAAAGCUAGAGCAGCAGUAUGCUCAGAGUUACAAACAGACUUCCAUGCUGGAGGACGACCUGAGCCAGACCCGCAGCAUCAAGGAGCAGCUACACAAAUACGUACGAGAACUGGAACAAGCCAAUGACGACUUGGAGAGAGCCAAAAGGGCAACAAUAGUGUCUCUGGAGGACUUUGAGAGCCGUUUGAACCAGGCCAUCGAGAGAAAUGCUUUCCUUGAGAGUGAGCUGGACGAGAAGGAGUCGCUCCUCGUGUCAGUGCAGCGGCUGAAAGACGAAGCCAGAGAUCUGCGACAGGAGCUGGCAGUACGAGAGCGGAGUACUGACAGGAUGUCGGCACCGAGCUCGCCUACAUCAGAUAUAGACAAGACUGAUUCUGCAGUCCAGGCCUCUUUAUCACUCCCUGCAACACCUGUAGGGAAGAGUAUAGAGCAUGCGUUCAUCAGCCAAAAGGGACUGACCAAUGGCUGCAGCGGCUCGGCCCUCACACCUUCUGCCAGGAUCUCAGCUCUUAAUAUAGUUGGAGACCUUCUGAGAAAAGUUGGGGCUUUGGAGACCAAACUUGCAGCUUGUAGGAACAUUGCCAAAGAUCAGGCAGCGCGAAAAAAAUACUCCACAGACGUUGGCACAAUCCUCAACAGCAACCCUACAAAGUUCCCACACCCUCUGCACACGUCCUACUUUGAAACAAGCACUGUUAAUGGACUGGACCCGAGCUCCAUGGCAACCAACAGAGCCAUCCCUCCUCCAGGCAUGCUGCCUUUAAGUGUGUGAGGACCCAACAUGCCAUUCAAACCUCUGCUCAAAGCCCAUCCAACACAACAUGGCUACAAAUAGAACUCAUGAGCUGCUGUGUGUGUGUGUGUGCGUGUGGGGGUGUAUGUGUGUGACUGACUGAAAGAGCGUUGACUGGGUGAGGAUAUGCAUGACUGAAUUUGACAGAUGCAUGACAGAAGUUAAAUAAACUUGCCUCCAGGUUGCAGCUCGGAGUGCAGCUGGGUAGGUGCAUAGCCAUGUUCCUACCUGAUCCCUGCAUGUGCCUAAAGCAGAUCUCUUCAGUGCUUGUUUGCUGCCUUGAUGUCACCGUUUACGCUGCAGCACUAACUCAACGGCUCUAAUGAACUUCUUCUUGACAAAAAGGCCCUCAACUGACCACAGCUUUUUUUGAUUAUUUUUUUUCAUGUAUUUUCUUCUGAAUUGCACAGUUGAACUUAUUUAUAUUUUGAAUGUUUAAUAUUUAAAAAAAAGGGAAAUGCUUAUUCCAGCUGGUUUAUCUUGUAUGCUUUGAAAUGCAUAUUUCUUGUUUGCUGCUUUUUUUUUUUUGCAUGUCUAUUUAUGGUUGCAGAAGUGUGGGUCGGCCCCGCGCUGAAAAGACAGACCGAAGUGAAUGUUGAUUGUCCAAAGCCAUGUAGCACAGUCGUUGCCAUGUCUUCUGUUGGGUGAAGCAUUCUUCUGCCCCCCUGAAUUGUUUUCUUUCUUCUACUUAUAAUUUUAAGAAAACAGUUUUGUCUUUAUUAUGUUAUGACAUGAAUUUGGCCCCAAAAUUCUCCCUACCUGUAAAGGAUUCUCAAAGCCAAACAAAAUAUUGAAAAAUCUUUCUGACAGUUUUCAGUUUUACUGAAGCGUAUCUAAACUCAAUGGAUCUUUUCAGGGUUUUGUGCAGUGCAGCACAGAUUUUCACUAAUAUUAAUUUGGUAUUAACUUUUUUUUUUUUUUGGUCUUGGCAGCUUUGUUAUUGACUUUGUAUCUAUUUUUCUUCUUGCAGCUCACAUUUUUAAACCCGUUAUAGCCUGAAGUAUAAUUUAAAGGUUAGUUGUUUGUAUUUAUGAGAUCUCAGUUUACAGUAGAGCCUGUUACUGAAGAGACUUUAGCGAGUUUGUACAGUAGUGUAUAUAGAAGGGGAAAAUUUGCUUACAUGUACAUAGAGACAUUUGGCAUUAAAGUCCUAUUUAUUUCAGAUUAUUGCCACUGUAUGGCAUGUGUUGAGAUAACGAGUUUUACUUUUGUACAGUGGUUACAGCCAUUGUAAUAUGCUAUUAAAUUGUCAAUUGUUAAAGUAAAUAAAGAUUGAGAUAAUAAAUA